CUCUCUCCUGUCCGGUCUCUGAGCACACAAGUUUUUCUCGUUAUGGCAGAGGUGACUGGAUUUCUCGGGACCAUCGAUCUGGAUUUGCAGGCGUUUCCAGCGCUGGGGAAUGUGCCUCUGUCGGACGGUCUGAAUGAGAGAUUAGGUCUGAUUGAGGGCAGACUGCAGCGCGGAUCGCUCACGGAUUUUGGCCACCUGAAGGGCAUCCUGCGCAGGAGACAGCUCUACUGCCGCACCGGCUUCCAGCUGGAGAUAUUUCCCAACGGGACGGUACACGGGACUAGACAAGACCACAGCAGAUUCGGUAUUCUGGAGUUUAUCAGUCUGGCCGUCGGGCUGGUGAGUAUACGAGGCGUGGAUGCGGGCCUCUAUCUGGGGAUGAACGAGAAAGGUGAACUCUAUGGGUCGAAGAAGUUGACAGCAGAAUGCGUUUUCCGUGAGCAAUUCGAAGAGAACUGGUACAACACAUACGCAUCCACGCUCUACAAGCACGCAGACACUGAGAGGUACUACUACGUGGCCCUAAACAAGGAUGGCUCGCCUCGAGAAGGCGGUAGGACUAAAAAGCAUCAGAAGUUGACUCACUUCCUUCCCAGGCCGGUUGAGAUUGAGAAGAUACCCCAGGCCUACAGAGACUUGUUCCAGCAUAGGUGACCAGAACAUCACCCAGAGUUGCUGGGUUGGAGGCUCAGAUGGGGAAGACAGACACUGAGGAACAUUAAGAAUCACAAGACCUUCCUUCUCUCGCCUCGCAACUGUUUAUAUUUGGGUUCUGAUCCAAAAUGAGGAGCCCCUCUCCAACGGUGACUGAGAUAAACAGUACGUGUGUGUCCUGGAUGGCUCUGUUUCCUCUCCUUAAUGGGUUUCAAACCACAGAGGAGGGGGAACAUUCCUGCAUCCAAAGCUGGUGCCAAAAGAUGUCUUGAAAAAGAGGUGUUGACUUCAGGGUCACAUGACAUGCAUGUCAUGCAAACACCCUUUCUUCUGACAGUCAUUUGUUGGAUCCACACUUCUCUGCAAAGUGGAUCACUUUUUCGGCACGGUCCCUCUGGAAACAACAAGGGUCAAAUCUAAAUAAGCACCUAAAUGUCUAAAGUUCAAAAAGACUCCUUUGCCCAUCAACUGCCUUAAAGGGUCACGUUGAAAGGUCAUAAAAUGUGGACACAGCACUUGCCAAGAAGAUGGACAUGGGAAUAUACUCCAACCUUCCUGUAGGACGAAUGCAAAGCAAAAGUGUAACUUUAAGGUCACUUGGUGUGAAGAAAAAUGGCCAGCUUCUAUUAGAAAAACAAACAAAAAACAUCUAUUUUGAAUGAAAAAGCAGCACUUGUAUGUUGGGGAAAAAGACUUGCAAACAUUGCCCCCCACUUAAAAUGUACAGAAUCAGAUUAUCUUUGAUAUUUUGGCAUCUACAACUUUUAAAAGGUUCAAACUGAUAAUUAUAAAAGGCAAAACAUUCCAAUUGGUAGAAAAAGCGACUACAGCUAAGGAUAUCACUUUUUAUUUAAGAUGUAAAAAUGUAUGGUGCUUGCAGAAGGGUUUGGUAGAGGCUUCGGUCAUUUGCCUAAGAGUGACUUAUAAUGUUCAGGCUGUCAGGAACAUUAUUAAAAAUGUAAGUGAAAGACAUGUAAAUAUGGAUGAACCUAUUUAUAAGAUGUACAAUAUAUUUAUUUUCCACAUAUAAAGUAUAAUUAUAAAUCUCUAUAUAAAUAUAUUUAUUUAUUUCAAAGACUCUAUUUUGUAAUGAACUUGAAGUUAUCGGAACUGUAGAUUCUACUGAGAUUGUACGGAAGGGCUGAAUCAUUUGACCUGAAUGAUCGACAAUAAAA